AUGGAUAUUCAUGUUCUUCGAAGCCAGCCCGCCCAGAAGGUCGCGUUUAAAGACUCUUCCACGGUUCGUGUGGGUAAUAAACUUGUUCGCAAUAAGCCACCCACCCAGCCCUCUGCUAUGCGACCCAAGCGUGCUACUGGGGUGCACAGGAGGCAUCAGAACCAGUUGCGCCGCGCUGGCCGCCCGGAUUCUGCCGCUCGUUCUUUGUCUACGGAUUUGGUCCACGGCGGGUUCCAGCCGCGCCUUCCGACUUCGCUGCCGCCCCCAGGGCAGCAGCAGCAGCCGUCGCCGCUACCACGCCGACAGCCCGUCCCGUUGAUGCCUCCCGCGCAGCUUCAUCCGGGAGCGCCCCAGGUGGUCGCUCCGGCGCCUGCGGUCCCUCUUCAGUCGCCACCGCCUUCGGAGCUGAUGGACGUCGACCCCUCAGCCGGGCCGCCUUCCCAAGCGGUGGCUGUGCAGCCUGUCCUGCAGCCGCUUUCCUUGGGCACCCCCAAGGAAUCUGACCCCGCAGCGCCUUGUCCGGCGCCCACUCAGCAGCCGUCGACGCAGCGUCAGGAGACGCUGCCUCUCUUCGUGGGUCCCGACGCCUCGUCGCGUCCAGUACCAGAAGCUGCGCCCGUGGUCACAGAUGAUCGUAAGGUCGACAUAGCUUUUGAAGAAUAUUAUUUUAAAAUUGAUUCAAUUUCAUACUGGACAGCUGGUACAGCAACAGGUUCCUGA